AUGGCUGAAGCACCAUCACCACCACCACAUCCUCUUCCUUGCGGGAAUGAAACCAUUGAAGUUUGCAUAACCCUACCGCCCAAAGUAAAUUCCGCCGGUAUAUGGGAAAACCCAACUUCUCCAUCAGAAAUUUUCAGGUCUUCGUUACCGGUUCUAGAGAUAGAGAUGCUCGUGGUGUUCUUUGUCACACAUCUCAUUUAUGUCAUCCUCAAGCCUCUUGGAGUCACCUUCUUUGCCUCACAAAUGUUUGCGGGCAUAAUGUUGGGACCUGCAGUGCUUGGGAGAGUCCAUGACAAAAUGUUUACUAAGGAAUUAGACUUUGGAAUCAUCGAUUCUGCAGCAACGUUCGGUUUCGCCAUAUUUUUGUUUGUGAUGGGAGUGAAAAUGGACUUCAACAUGGCAUUUAGGACUACAAGGAGAGCCACAAUGAUAGGCAUUGUAUCACUUUUGUUUCCUUUUGUGGCUGGCUUAAUCGUUUACGAGGCCUACAAAAAACCUGAUGAAAUUUUGACAUUAAGAAUGGAACGCUUAAUGGGAAUAACCAUUGAAUCUGUAACUGCGUUCUCGGUUGUAGCAUACCUUUUGAGCGAGCUCAAGAUUGUAAAUUCAGAACUGGGGACGACUGGCUCUAUCAUCGGCAUCCAUAAGUGA